UGUUUACACGACUACGCAGUCGACAUAUAAUAGCAUGCCAUUUACGUACCACUAGUGCUGGAUCCGUGUGAGACACAUCCGCGUCCGGAGAAAUUCUGGUGUUUUCUCGACUAUUAACUAAUGCGUCAUCGCAGCAACAACAUAAAAAUGUGCAAUAUUGUUGUUAAAAAACAUUUUUAGCCGGCACACGCUUCAGAGCCGUGUCUACGUCAAUCGUUUUCCAUGUUUCGGCCGCGCUUUGAAUCAUGGAUUUCACCAGCGUGCUGGCAAAGAGCGAAGCGCAUCAGCGCACCAUUGUACACCUCGACAUGGACUACUUUUACGCCCAGGUGGAGGAGAUACGGAACCCCACGCUGCGCACAAAAGCCUUGGGCAUACAGCAGAAGAGUAUUGUGGUCACCUGCAACUAUGUGGCGAGGGCUCAAGGCGUGCACAAGCUCAUGCUCGUCGAGGACGCCCUGCAAGUGUGCCCGGAUUUGGUCUUGGUCAAUGGCGAAGACCUGACGCCAUACCGUCUCAUGUCGCAGAAGAUCUUCGAUUUGCUCCUCAACUACACUCCCAUGGUGGAAAAGCUCGGAUUCGAUGAGAACUUUAUGGAUGUGUCGGCCCUGGUGGAACUGCGGCAAGCCCAUGCCGCCGAGGCGCAACAAAAGCCGCCAGUUGGACACACCUAUCCGGCCGAUGGCACACUGUUGACCACCUGUUCCUGCGGCUGUGCCCAGCGCCUGGCCAUUGGCACCCGCAUUGCUCAGGAAAUACGGGAGGAGCUGAAGCUGCGGCUGGGCAUAACCUGUUGCGCCGGAAUCUCCUACAACAAGCUAUUGGCCAAACUGGUGGGCAGCAGCCACAAGCCCAACCAGCAGACCGUCCUGGUGUCCACAUAUGCGGAGCAGUUCAUGAGGGAGCUAUACGAUCUGAAGCGUGUGACGGGUAUUGGCCAGAAAACACAAUGCCUGCUCCUCGAGGCGGGCAUGUCUACGAUUGAGCAGCUGCAGCAGUGUGACAUGGAUGUUAUGCGCAAGAAGUUUGGCUUCGAGACAGCCACCAAGCUGAGGGACUUGGCAUUUGGUCGCGACUCGAGUACGGUACGUCCCACCGGCAAGCCGAAAACCAUUGGCAUGGAGGACGCCUGCAAGCCCAUAUCAGUGUGCACAGAUGUGGAGGAGCGUUUCCGCAUGCUACUCAUCAGGCUAAUCGAACAGGUGGCAGAAGAUGGACGCAUACCGAUUGCCAUUAAAGUUGUGCUGAGGAAAUAUGAUUCACAGAAGAAAAGCAGUCACCGUGAGACGAAGCAGGCAAACAUUUUGCCUUCCCUGUUUAAGACCUCCAUGUGCGCCGGCGAGAUGGGAGUGUGCAAAGUGCAGCUGGCGGAUGGGGCACAGGAUAAGCUGCUGAAGAUCGUAAUGCGACUGUUUGAGCGCAUUGUGGAUCUAAAUAAGCCAUUCAAUAUCACCCUAAUUGGAUUGGCCUUCUCCAAGUUCCAAGAGCGCAAAGUUGGCUCCUCGUCCAUAGCCAAUUUCCUCAUCAAGAAGGCAGAUCUGGAGGUGCAGGCAAUAACGUCGCUGACCAACACGAGUCUCACAAGUCCAACCGCAGAGAGUCCGACCUCCGAUGAGACGGCAUUCCGCUCCUCGCCGACCACCUUCAAGCCAAGUGAUCAAUUCUAUAGGCGACGCGCCACCACAGCCUCGCCCAUCCCCAUGCUGCUGGAUAAUGGCUCUGAGUCGGCGGCAACCAAUUCGGACGUUUCGGACUUCUCCGAAACCGAAGUGGAGCCAUCGCCAAAGAAGAGCCGCAUCGGUCGCAUGCUGGUCUCGAAGCGCAGUCGCUUAGCGGUGGAUGUGAUGGACACCGCUGCCGAUGUGGCGUCUCCCAGCAAGCUGCGUGUCUGUGAUCUGCGUCUCAACUCUCGUGACAGCGAAAAGGAUUUUCCCAUGAGUCCCAUUGCCAGCAGCUCCACUCCAUCCACAUCGGCUAGCGGAUGCUCCUCGGUUGCUCCACGAUUCCGGACAAUUCAGCCGCCCAACACGCUUCUAAAUCGGAUUGACGGUAGCCUUUGCUUUAUGGCCACGCGCACAGACCGUCGGAUUAGCUCGAACGCCAGCUCGACAGCCUCGUCGCCACUGCCCUCACCCAUGGAUGAUUCCAUGAGCGCUCCCUGCACGCCGACCGCGACAGCAUCCGAUUCGCUGCCAGGGCCCAACAACAGCUGCACAUCCAGCGAGGCCAGCGUGCACGACGCCAAUGAUGUUCUAACGGAGAUCGCCUGCCCAGCUGGUGUCGAUGCUGAAGUUUUCAAGGAGCUGCCUGUGGAGCUGCAAAACGAAUUGAUUGCUUCCUGGCGCAGUUCUCUGGUGGCAGCAGUGGAGCAGACAGCUGCGGCGGCGGCCACCACAACAGCGAAUAGUGUGGCCACAGCCAGAGCGGGUGCACCAGCAACGGCCAGCGCUGGUGCACGGAAUCGACCCGAGAAGAACACGCUGUAUCGCUAUUUUUUGAGAAAUAAGUGAUGCAGUGCAUCUCCACGCAUCACACAUCGUUUCUAGUUGUAA